CAACAAGAAAGACAUCCUGUGUAAUACAAAUACACACACAUAGUUGCAGAUAGGUACAUAUACCUGUGCAGGGCUUUGCUACAAGAAAAGCUCAAGAGUUUCAAACUCUGCGCAUAAUUGUCAAAAUGGCUGCUUUUUCAGGUUUAAACUUGUCAAACUUGAAAUUGGGUUCUUGUAAAAUUGAAGCUUCCCCCCUGGUACCAUUGCCCGGCCUUAAAGAUCGAAAACAUGGUGUUUUGAUAUUAUCCCAGAGGCCAGCCAGAAAGCUAAUUGGUUGCCGGUGUUCAUCAAGUGCACAAUCAGCACAGAUACAUUCAGGCGACGGCUUCGAAGAAAAUGAACCUCUUGGCUCAACUAGACAAAUUGCUCCAAAUGCAGUUGAGGUGGAGUCUCUCCUCGAAGAAAUUUGUGACACUACUUCAAUAGCAGAAUUCGAACUGAAAUUUGGUGGAUUUCGGCUAUAUGUAAGUAGGGACUUAAGUGGCAAAAAUGAAGCUCCACAACUUCCAGUUUCUGCUCCUUUGACCAGUACCGCUGUUUCGGUGCCUGAGCUUAAUGGGUCCGCCACUUCAACUUCAUUAGCCAUUUCUAAACCGGCCCUUACUUCAGGUGGCAUACAAUCAUUCCUUGACAGAGCUGGUGAUGAUGGGCUGGUAAUAUUGCCAUCUCCAAAGGUUGGCUAUUUUCGGAGGUGUAGAACCAUCAAGGGCAAACGUGCACCUCCAGCAUGCAAAGAGAAGCAAACAGUAAAGGAGGGUCAAGUACUUUGCUUCAUCGAACAACUUGGUGGCGAGAUCCCGAUUGAGUCGGAGACUUCUGGAGAGGUUAUUAGAAUACUUAGAGAGGACGGAGAUCCGGUUGGAUAUGGUGAUGCUCUGAUUGCAAUCCUGCCUUCUUUCCCUGGAAUAAAGAAGCUUCAAUGAAUAUUUUGUGUAUUUUCAUUAAAUUUGCCAGUUCUAAAGAAACAGUUUUGGGGUCGUUUUUUGUUUUUGUCUUACCAGAUUCGGAGUGUUUGUCAUGUACAUUUGAGCAAAACUUAAAAGUUAGAGUUUGGAUAA